GCCAUCAUGUCACCCACCCUCUGUGUGCAGAUGAUGGUUGGAGCCUGUAUAUCUGGUCUAUUUGGUUCAUUGAUCCAACUGUGUGCUUUACUUCAGCUCAAUUUCUGUGGGCCCAAUGUUAUCAACCACUUCUUCUGUGACCUGCCUCAAUUAUUAGUCCUAUCCUGCUCUGAAACCUUUUUCCUAAAAGUCAUGAAGUUUGUGAUAGCAGUGAUUUUUGGUGUAAUAUCUGUCUCAGUCAUCAUGAUAUCUUAUGGUUAUAUCAUUGCCACCAUCCUCAAGAUCAGCUCUGCUGAAGGCAGGUCCAAGGCUUUCAACACCUGUACUUCUCACCUGACAGCAGUGAUCUGUUUUUUUGGAUCAGGACUCUUUGUCUAUAUGCACCCCAGCACUGAUAAAUCUCUGGGCUAUGACAAGAUGGCAUCAGUCUUCUAUACAGUGGUGAUCCCCAUGUUGAAUCCUUUGAUUUACAGUCUAAGGAACAAGGAGAUCAAAGAUACCUUUAAGAGGUAUAAGAAGAGAGCAUUUUCCCAUUGUCAUAGUUAA